AUGUCACCCUUUAAGCCCGUACGAGGCGGCCAUGCACGGAAGCAGGUGCUUCCAGACAUAUCCCUGCUGGCAGCUCCAGCGCUGAAGGCGUCCUCUGUGACUCCACCACAUGCCGUGCUGUCCGAGGGAACAGCAGCAAGCAGCAAGAGGCGUAGCGACCUGCAGGUCUCAGUACCUCCUCGGGCGUCCUUCUCAUCGUUCUGGUCGUCGCAGUUCUCGCCCUUACCUGCUACCAUCACAUGUCCGACCGCAGAGCCAGGAGUUGACAUCUCGGGGCUGUUAUUGACUGACCCGUCAACUGAUCCACAUGCCGAGAGCUCCGGUGAAGAGUACCGUUUGGACGAGGGGAGUGAGAUAGUGACAUCAACAUCAUCAAUAAGUGGGUCCUGGCAAGCGUACACUCUGUCUGUGGCGUCUGCACCGUUGUCAUCAUCCUUUUCGCCAUCUUCCUACUCACCUUCAUCCCUACUAUCCCCAGUUUCCGCAACGGAAUCAGCAUCACCACCUCUCUCACCAUCUCGUCGUACAUCACUCCCCGCCACCGAUCCCUUUGCUCUUGAAACCGCCUGCGGGGACAGUACUGACCCUAGUUCUGCAAGUUCUCUUGCAGCGGUCAAAAUUAGGUGGGCAAGCGAACGGGAUAGAGCAGAGCGAUUGGAGCUUGAAGUUUCUGCGCUGAAGGCGGAGAUGGCAGCAUCACGGGAGGAGAUGCGAAUGGAGAGGGAGGAGUACGAGGCUGCCAUUGACGCCCUUAAGGCUUCGCUUGCUCGGCUGAUGCGAGAGCACUCAGAGGAGCUACAGCAGCUGCGAGCUUUGCUGGAAGAGGCAUCUGGUGCCAAGGCCUCCCUGGCCAACGAGGCAUCAAGCGUGGAGGGUGACAAGCCUGACUUCGAGCAGGGCCGCGCGGAUACUGCUGAUGAGGGCAGGGAUGUGGCGGGAUGGCAUGGGGAUGAGGCUGAUGCGGGAGGAUGUGAAGGGUAUGCAGGGGAAAAGGAUUUACAUAUGGAGGGGGGCAGGGUGGUGGAUCGAGAGAAGGAUAAUGGAUGGACUGGCGCCGAUGCUGGCACAUACAAAGACGAGGAGUGGACGGAAGGUCAGGGGAACGUGGAGUGGUUGCAGCAGAAAUUGCAGGAGAGCCAAGCACGAGUGGUGGAGUUAGAGAGAGAGGUGAUGGUGCUGGGAGAGCGUCUUCUGGACGCCAGGAAGCGAGUGACUGCAGGGAUGGUGCAGAUGGAGAUGAUGAGUCUCAGCAGCGGAAUGGCCAGAGUACAAGCUGUGCCUCGUUUUGAUGCGCAUGCUGUGGAAGCGCCUGAAUGUGAUGAUGAUUGUGACGACGAUAGCAGCUGCGAUGGUGGUGGUGCUGAUGUUCUGUGUGUUGAAGAAGUCGUCUCUGCUACAUGCGCUGCAGCAACUGCACCAUCUGACGCCUGUUGCUCUCUAGAUUCAGCUAGCGGUCAAGUGGAUAAGGUGGAGGAUAAGGGCUGCAAGGAUGAUGACCAUGGUGAUGGUAUCAGUGCUGAUGCCUCGGUGAGCCUGGCUGCUGAUGCGCAUGGCAGCAGCGCUUCGUUAGGGUCCUGUGACUCACCGGAGGAGGGAGUUGACAAUGGUCGUGACGUGCAGCCGGUGUGUGAAGAGGCUGCCAGCGCUCAUACUGAUCGGAAGGUUCGGUUCAGAGAGUGUGUGGAGGUGUUUGGGAGUGAGGUAGAAUCUCUCGACUGCACGGAACGCAUGCUUCUUUCAGACGAGAAGGGCUGCGACUGGCAGGAAAUGGCACGGGCAAGAGACAGGCAGAAGGAGUGGUGGCCCACAGGGCAGAGCGUGAGGGAGCAACGGAAGCUGACAUGCUCCGACCACAACAACGCCUGGCAGGACUCACAGACACAUGGGUACGAGUGGGAAACCAUCUAUGGUGCUGAAGAGAUGUUGGGGGAACAACGCAACAGUCAGCAGUGGAAGGGGAGGGAGAUGCUGCUGCAGCAGAUGGAAGCUCAAGUGCAGUGUGUGGAGGAACGGCUGGGGGAUUACUGCUCCGACAUUGCAGGGCAAAUGAAGGUGGACGUGCAGGCUCUGGCACAACAGCUUCUCAAUGGGAUGGUGAGCUGGCAAGGCUGGAAGGAGAAGAGGAAGCCGAAGAAGAGCUUGGCUGUUGAUCCCGUGCAAACACAAGGCAAACCUCCUUGUGCUACUGUAUCGGGUGCAGACAGUGCAGCGGCUGCGGUUGGGAGCUGUGAUGAGUCUUGUACGGGGUCUGGCUUUGUCCCUCAGGCGCUAGACGUGGUGGCAGCUUGUGUGAGUGAAGUCAUGUUUGAGGAUUUCGAGUGCGACAGGUUCCAGAGAGCAGCGUACUGCGAGUUCACAUCUGACAGUGAGAGGUGUGCUCGCAACUAUGACAAGUUCCUGGUGCAGCGCUGGAGGCGAGGACCCAUGAAUCCUCUGAGGGAGCCAAAUUUUGUGAGUUUCUGUGAGAGGAAGGCUGAGAGGGUUGCUGAUGUGCUGGUGGGAGCGAUGCUUGCCGUCUCGCCGUUGGCUGGCAAGCACGAUGCCGGUCUAUCCAGGAGCGACAGUGCUGGCAGCAAUUCGACCAGCAAUAGUGGGAGCAGCAGCAAUGACUGUUGCAGUAUGGAGGACAGCAGUGACAGAGACUCUCCACUAAGUGGAACCACAUGGGCAACGGACACCACGGGUAGUUAUGACGCUUCCCAUGUUGCCAACAGCCACCUUCCGAUCGUCACUCGCGGCCUCUACAUCACUCCCGCGGAUCGCGGACAAGUGCUUGAGAAGCUGAAGACGUGGCCUGAGAAGAAGAUCCGCGUGAUUGUGGUGACGGACGGCGAGCGCAUCCUGGGUCUGGGCGAUCUGGGGUACGGCGGCAUGGGCAUCAGCGAGGGCAAGAUCCUUCUGUACACGGUGAUUGCGGGCGUGGAUCCGCACCAAUGCCUGCCCAUCUGCCUCGACGUCGGCACCAACAACGAGUCGCUGCUGGCGGACCCGCAGUACAAGGGCUUGAAGCAGCACCGGCUGCGCGGCGAGGAGUACGACGCGCUGGUGGACGAGCUGAUGACGGCCGUGCGCGCGUGGCAGCCGCACAUCCUGCUGCAGUUUGAAGACUUUGGCAACAUCAACGCCUUCCGCCUUCUGGACCGCUACCGCGGGCUGCAGUGCUGCUUCAACGACGACAUCCAGGGCACCGCCUGCAUCACCCUCGCCGGCGUCCUCUCCGGCCUCCGCGUGACUCGAGGAAAGCUUCAAUGGCAACGCAUCGUCUUCCUGGGUGCGGGCGAGGCCGGCACGGGAAUCGGGCAUCUGAUCGCGCUGGCCAUGCACAAGCGGUGCGGCGUGCCGCUUGAGGAGGCCAUGCGUAACUGCCUGUUCGUGGACUCCAAGGGCCUUGUGUGCAAGUCGCGGACGGACCUGCAGCACCACAAGAUACCGUUCGCUCAUGACAUUCCGUUCCAGCCUGACCUCUACUCCGUUGUUAAGGUGUACAGGCCAACGAUUCUGAUUGGCGUGUCAACCAUUGCGGGUGCGUUCACGCGCGAAAUCGUCGAAGCCAUGUCCGAGAUCAACGAUCGCCCGAUCAUAUUCCCGCUUUCCAAUCCGACCUCCAAAUGCGAGUGCACGUACCGAGACGCCUACAACUGGACCGGCGGCCGCGUGGUGUACGCGUCAGGCAGCCCGUACCCGCACUUGAAGACCCCCUCUGGCGUUACGAUGUACCCGGCUCAAGCUAACAACGCGUACAUUUUCGGGCCUGUGGGCAUGGCGGCGCUGCUCACCAACUGCCGGCAGAUCACGGACGAUCUUUUCUUGGCUGCCGCGGAGUACCUGGCGGAUCUCACCCCUCAAGAUAAUCUCGACGUGGGAAUGCUCUUCCCCAGCUUUUCUGCCUUCAAGUCGCUUGUGGUGCCGCUGGUGGCGCGCACGGCGGAGUUCAUCGUGCGGGAGGGGCUGGGCGUGGCGCCCAAGGGCGUGAAGAACUGGGAGGAGGCGGUGCGCGCGGCCAUGUACCACCCGUCGGGCGUGCGCUCCAACACGCCGCGCGCCGCCACCGCCAUCAAAGUCCCCAACCACCCAGCCUCCGAGGUGCACUGGGAGGACAUGGAGGAGCUGGUGCAGCUGCGCGAGAUGUACACGGAUCUGCAGCGCUACCUCUUCCUCCGCAACCUGCAGGAGAAGAACGUGCAGGCGUUCUGGCAGCUGACGAUGAACAACGCGCAGGAGAUCCUCCCGUUCGUGUACACACCCACUGUGGGCGAGGCCUGCCAAAAGUACUCCCGCCUGCCUGUCAACACCCGCGGCCUCUUCCUCUCCCCCAAGGACAAGGGCACAAUCUUGGACCAGCUCAAAGCCUGGCCCGACCAGAAGAUCCGCGUGAUUGUGGUGACGGAUGGCGAGCGCAUCCUGGGUCUGGGCGAUUUGGGGUACGGCGGCAUGGGCAUCAGCGAGGGCAAGAUCCUUCUGUACACGGUGAUUGCGGGCGUGGAUCCGCACCAGUGCCUGCCCAUCUGCCUCGACGUCGGCACCAACAACGAGUCGCUGCUGGCGGACCCGCAGUACAAGGGCUUGAAGCAGCACCGGCUGCGCGGCGAGGAGUACGACGCGCUGGUGGACGAGCUCAUGACGGCCGUGCGCGCGUGGCAGCCGCACAUCCUGCUGCAGUUUGAAGACUUCGGCAACACCAACGCCUUCCGCCUGCUGGACCGCUACCGCGGGCUGCAGUGCUGCUUCAACGACGACAUCCAGGGCACCGCCUGCAUCACCCUCGCUGCGAUUCUCUCCGCCCUGCGUGUGACCAAGGGCGAGCUGAACCAGCAGAAGAUUCUCUUCCUCGGUGCGGGCGAGGCCGGCACGGGAAUUGGGCAUCUGAUCGCGCAGGCCAUGCACAAGCGGUGUGGCGUGCCUUUGGAAGAGGCGCUGCAGCACUGCCUGUUCGUGGACUCCAAGGGCCUUGUGUGCAAGUCGAGGAAGGACCUGCAGCACCACAAGCUGCCAUUUGCGCAUGACAUCCCGUUCCUGUCGGACCUUCUCUCCGUGGUCAAGACACACAAGCCGACCAUGCUGAUCGGAGUGUCGACCAUAGCAGGCGCCUUCACAUCCGAGAUCCUGGAAACGAUGGCGGAUCUGAACGAGCACCCGGUCAUCUUCCCGCUCUCCAACCCCACCUCCAAGUCCGAGUGCACCUUCCAGGACGCCUACCACCACACGCACGGCACCGUCGUCUUUGCCAGCGGCAGCCCCUUCCCCGCCUUCACCACGCACGACAAGCGCACGCUGGUGCCCGCGCAGGCCAACAACGCGUAUGUGUUCCCGCCCAUUGGCAUGGCGGCUGUGCUCACCAACUGCAGUGCCAUCACGGAUGGUGUGUUCCUGGAAGCUGCGGAGGUUCUUGCGAGCAAGGUGCCGGAGAGCCGACUGGCGUCGGGCAUGCUCUUCCCUGCCUUCUCUGACAUGAAGGUGGUGUCGCCACAGCUGAUAGCAGACAUUGCACAGUACAUGAUAAAGGAGGGGCUUGGCUCUGUGCCUGCCGACUUUGAUGCAGCCAGGGGCUGGCUUGACUACGUGUGCACGCGCAUGUGGCACCCUGAUUCGGCCUGA